AUGGGAUUGAUUAAAAAAGUUACAACAUGGUCACAAGAAGAUCAGUUAGAUUACCUUUCUGUAAAUCCGACAAGAGAUGAAGUUACACAUUAUAAAGUAGAUCCCUUUUUGGAAUCAGAUGACUCUAUCACUAAAUUAAAUACAUUAAAAGAUUUUACCAAUAUCACAUGUUUGGAUUAUUCGCAGUUACAAGUAGGCCAAGUAGGUGUAGGUGAGAAAGAUGGGUAUGUAAAAAUUGUUGAUGUUCUUGCGAAUGAGACAUUGUUGACUGUUAGGCCUAAGCAAAGAAGAUGUGUAAAUGCAAUUGGGAUAAAUAAUGUUGGCCUUGUUGCUAUGGGUUUGGACAAGCAUAAACAAGAUACUUCACUCCAAGUAUGGGAUUUUAAUUAUCAAAAACAGGGUGAGGAUCUUGUUAAUUUAUCAUUUGAGUAUUUUGUUAAUGAAUCAAUCGCAUCUCUGCAAUUUUUAAAUGAUAUUAGUCUUUUGGUAUCUAGUACAAAAUUUCUUAAAGAAAUUGAUUUAAGAGUUAAAACACCAGUUUAUCAACAUCCAUCGAGGCUUUCUUAUGAUAUUAAAUUGAAUCCUUUUAAUUCAUGGCAAUUUAGUACGUAUGGAGAUGAUGGAACUUUAGCUAUUUGGGAUAGAAGAAAAUUAUCAGGUAAAAUGGGGCCAGGCGAUUUAAAUUUGGCUACUCCAUUAUUAACUUUUGACAGAUUAGUUGGUGCAGGGGCAGCAUCUAAAAAGUAUAUGAACUCUUGUUUUAGAUGGUCCUCAGCACAGAAUAGAGAAUUUUCUACAUUACAUAGAGGUGACAUAAUAAAACGAUGGAGACUUGGAUCAACCAUAGAUACCAAUGGGCAAGGCAUAGUAAUGGAAAAUUUAUUUGUCUCUACAGUACAUGAUGUCCCAACAACAUUUGACAGAGUAGCUACAUUUGAUUACAUUCCAAAAAGCAAUCGCGGAGCAAGUUUUAUAUGCAUGAGACAGUCUGGGACUGUAUAUAGAAUGCCAAUCACUCAAUGUUACUCAAAGUCAACUUUUAGUUUUAAUAAUUCUUUGUUGUUAUCCAAUUGUGAAACACCGAUCAUAGAUGAAGUUGUUGUUACAGAAGAUAUUCAAAAAUCAACACUACAAAAUGUUUCUACUGGAAUGAAAUUAUUAUCUUUUGAAGACUUAGGAAUAAAUGAUGAUUAUAUUCCAGAUGAAUCCAGCUCAUUUUCAGAAAACGAAACUUCUGAAGAUUAUAUCAGUAGAAAUGAAUCUGAAAGCAAUGAAUCCUUAGAAACGUUUGGACAUGAUACAAAAUCACAUAAUCUGUUUGAAGAUGAACAUUACAAUAUAUUUUGGAAACCUGAAAGACUUCUGCAAAAAGAUAUUAGUGUUAUUAUGAAAAAGAGAGCCAUGGUAGGAUAUGGAUUAGAUCCAAUGAAAACUGUAGAUUUAAUAGAUCAAUCCAAAUUUUUACAAAAUAAUGCAUACAUUAGAAAUACAUGGAGAUGGUUGGCCAUUGCAAAAGCUUCUAUGGAUGACGGUACAAUGGUCUCAGGGGAUCUUGAUUUAGGGUAUGAAGGUAUUAUUGGUAUAUGGAGUGGGUUAAAAGGUCUUGCUAAUCAAAAUAGAUAUUUGAAAGAAGGAAGUUUGACAGAUAUUCAACUACAAAAGGAAAUGGAAAAGAUAAUAAAAUUGCGGAAAAAGAAUAAAGCUACUACAAAAAAUAUAAGUUCAAUGCCCAAUUUUCCUAAUUCAUCAAAACAUAUUCAAAGAAAACUUUGUAUGAUAAUAUCUGGGUGGGAUUUGUCACAGUCAGAUUAUGAAGAAAAGUAUAAAAUUAUUAUCAAUAAUGGCCAUUAUGAAAAGGCUGCGGCAUGGGCAAUGUUUUUUGGGGAUAUUCCAAAAGCAGUUGAGAUUCUAGGAUCAGCUAAAAGUGAAAGAUUAAAAUUAAUUGCCACUGCGAUUGCAGGGUAUAUGGCUUAUAAAGACCAACCUGGUAAUAAUUCUUGGAGAGAACAAUGUAGAAAAAUGGCUUCUGAACUUGAGAACCCAUAUCUUCGAGCCAUAUUUGCUUUUAUUGCAGAUAAUGAUUGGUAUGAUGUUUUGUAUGAACAAGCCAUUUCUUUAAGAGAGAGACUUGGUGUCGCACUUCGAUUUCUAAAUGAUAAUGAUUUAACAACAUUUUUGCAAAAGACAUCAUCAUCAGUCAUUGCUAAUGGUGAAUUAGAAGGUUUAAUCUUAACAGGUAUCACUCCAAACGGUAUUGAUUUGUUGCAGUCAUAUGUGAAUAAAACUAGUGAUAUUCAAACAGCUGCGUUAAUUUCAUCUUUUGGUUCACCUAGAUACUUUAAGGACAAAAGAGUGGAUGAAUGGGUACAAUCUUACAGGGAAAUGCUUAAUUCAUGGGGAUUAUUUGCCAUGCGUUCAAAAUUUGAUAUUUUAAGAACAAAACUAUCCACAACUAGUUCUGGAGAAAUUAAAACAAGAGUGAAACCUAGACAAUUGUAUAUUCAAUGCAUUAACUGUAAAAAAAACAUUAAUAAUCCAGUUACGAAGAAGAAUGGAUAUACUUCCAAAGGAUUAUUAGCAGUUUCAAAGAGAAAAAUUAGUACAUUUACUGAUUCAAAUGGUUCUCAAAAAGAGCCGCACAGAUAUGCGUGUCCACAUUGUGGUACCUUAUUUCCACGUUGUGCCAUCUGUUUAAUGCCACUGGGUACUUCAAAUUUGCCAUUUAUUAUUAAUGGAGUAGAAAGACAACAAGAUGAAGAAUAUGAGCUUAAAGCAAAUCAAGAAGAGAAUCGUUCAAUGUCUGAUAAAAAUAAUGGACUCAACAAUUCAAUUGCUACUGAUGUGGAGUUGACAAAUAAGAAAAAAAUGAGAUUAAAUGAGUGGUUUAGUUUUUGUCUUACGUGUAAUCAUGGUAUGCACGCUGGACAUGCGGAAGAAUGGUUUGCAAGACAUAAUAUUUGUCCAACAGCAGGCUGUAAUUGCCAGUGUAAUAAGUACUAA